GAUAACCAGUGUUGCCGGCUGUCGCGUUGUGUGUGGGCGCGCCGCUGCAACACGCUACGGCUGUCCGCUCGUAGUACGUAUACAGCUGUGUGGAGUGAAAGUGUGUUUCCGUUAUGUGUUCGCCAGAUUUAACAUAAGAGACAGUGAGAGAUGUCGUCGUCCAAGUACGCAAAACUCGAGCAAGACUACCAGAAGCUAGUCGGCGAGAUGGGUGUGCUGCGAUGUCGGUUGGAGAGCAAAGCGGAGGCCCUUCUCAUCCUCACACGUGACCUGGAACAGUGCCAGAGCGAGCGUGACCAGUUCAAGCUCAUGGCUGACCAGCUCCGUGAGCGUCACGGCGAACUACGCAGGCGCCUCCAAGCGUGGGGUCCAACGGUAGCAAGUGUGUACGAUGGCAAGAACCUCAAGGGCCAGACUGAGAAGAGCUUGGCACAGCUGCUGUGUGACCUGAAGGAGCAGAACCGGCGACUGCAGUCUGAAAACGAGUCACUCACCCAGAAACUCCGGGAGUCUCUUGAAGAUGGCAAGCUUCUGCGAGAGCAGCUGCAGGAGCAGGGACACAGCCGUCGUGCGUCCGAUUCGUGCACCCAGUGCUCGACAAAGCAGGACCGCCAGGAGCUGGUGCGGCAGCUUGAGUUGCUCCAGUCUAGGUGCUCCAUGCUGGAGGGUGACCUGCAGGCAGUGCUGGAUGAGAAGGAGGAACUGGUGCGGACAGGGGACGCAUACCGGCAGAAGGUGGACCGGCUCAACCUGCAGCUGAACCAUGCACUGCGUGGAGGUGCUGACUACGUGCCACUUGACGUUGAUGCCUUGCUCAUGGAGAACAGGUACAUGCACGAGCGACUGCAGCUUGUCCAGGAGGAGAAGUCCAUACUCACAGCCUCACUCAACAAGUUCAAGAGCCUGGCAGAGAAGAACCGUGGCCGUGCAAGCACAGCAGUCCUGGCAGGGAUUUCCAGCAAACAGAUGCAACAGCUGCUGCAGGACAGCUGUCUGGACCUGAGCACAGCGGGGGCUGACCUGCGUAGUCUGGUGGCCCUCCUGCUGGAGGCGCUCAACGACCGCACCCUGGCGCUCAACCACCAACGCAAGGCCAACAAAGUUCUGGGCAAACGUGUGACAGAGCUAGAGAGCAAGCUCAAGUGUGACGGCACCUGGAGGGUCAACAUGCCCCUCUCAAGCACAGAUCCGGCAAAACUGACCAACAGGAGCAAAGGAAGCAGUAACUUAGAAGAUGCCAACUCGUUGUCUAUUGGUGCAGUGGAGUUAUCGGCGUCCAAGCCAACACCAGACAAAGACGUUCCACGUUCAGUGAUAUCGAGGGAGAACUCGCGCGACGACGGGGAAGACUGUGUAGCAGGAGAGGAGGACCUUCCCCCGGAGCUGCAGCGGCUCCUCUCGGCUGCCAUGAAGGAGCUCAAGUCACCCCAGCACCGAGCACCCCCACCCCCUCACAAAGAAGUGGCUGACCUUGCCUGCUGACAUAGGGCAUCCUCUGGCAGUGGCACUACCAAGAUUCAUCGCCAGUAUAGUGUUUGAAGCAUCAUUGUACGACCUGCGAAUCCAAGACUGUGGCAUGCACAAGAAAGCACACUUGCGCCAUGAACCGCAUAUCCUGCACAUCAGUGAGUGCCAAGACAUCAGGACGUGCUCAAGCUGCAUUGAGUGUGCAACUUCAUUUUGGGACGGAUGCUUUUCACAUUUCAGCACCGAUGUAUACACCCUUUCACCGGGGCCCGAGAUUCUUGCAUGUUGAUUCAAAGUGUACCUGUUGCCACUGUUUCUAGUGCUUUUUAGCCAGUGUUCUCGUAGGCUCACAACAGUCUCGAGCCAUCAUGGUGAUGGCCAGAGAGUGCCUGUCGGAAAGAUCCAUAGGCACUGUAGAGAUGUUGCAUGGUGCUACGAGUGCUUUAUUGAACAGUGCACAUAAAAUAGACAAUUUUAAGGGCAAAGGCACGGCACGCAGCAUGAUCAGUGCAUUUUGCUGCCAUUUUUAUAAUGUUUACCAUCAUUAAUCGACUGUUUGAACUAAAGAAAAUGAGGAAAUAUAUAUGGCUGCUGCCUACAUGACUGAUUGCAUGUGUGGGUCAUGUAAAACAUGCAGCAAGAUUGAAAGUAUAAUGCACCACUGCCAGUGGUUAUCGCUGCUUGCAGAAGCUUGGCAUGUGGAAUAGCUUGCAACUUAAAGGCAUCAUGAGCACCUUUGCCUCUUCAGAGGACAAGACCAACGCACAGUUAUCAAAACAUACUGACGUACCUUUGCCAGCGAGCAGUGGUUAUCAAAAAUCUAAAAAAAGCUGUGGAUAUGCUUGUGACAAAUGCACCUUUGCUAGGAAGAAUUGGUCAUCUAAUGCUCUUGGCAUUCGAGUUCACAAGGCUUCGACAAAAUCGGGCAUACGUAAGCGGUGUCUCCUCUGCUCCUGUGUUUUCUUAGCUGCUCGUGUAUUCCACGACGUGAACAGUUGGCUCAGACUUUAUCCAUCAAGCAUGCAAAGGGCACGUAGACAAAAGCAACCAUCUGUUAGCAACUAUCUGUACCUUGUGGCACGCCUGCGGCCUCCUGAAAAUGCCAGGAGAAGGGACCAUGAAUGCAUUCAGUUCAUUCACCUCUGACUUAUAACUGUGCUGUAGCUGACACUAUCGUUUCACUGUUUCUUUUUUAUGCCUUGAUCUCCUAAACCCACAAUCAAUCAUGCAAGUGACUGCCACCCCAUUGUGUAAUGCAAAAAAAAUUCAGUUCAGCAAAGUCAGCUGCUUAAAACCACAGAAAAGGGCACUGGUUGCACCAAGAACCCUGCAUCUUUUCUUGAGUAUCGCCUGUUUUGAAUGCCCCAGACUAAAUUCGAGCCAGUUGGGAUUUCUGUCAGCUGUGCUGUCUGACACCUUGCUGAAGAUACACAGUGCCUAUACUAUUCGGCUCUCAUGGAGUUUCACAACAACUUUCUAGAGAAAUGUAUGGAACUGAAGUUGCUUAAAGGGAUGCUAAAAAGAAGAGCAAAUUCAGUUUUAUUAGCACUUCAUUCUUAUACAAAACCGAAAAAGGCCACUUUUACUUUAAAACACAAAAGCAAAGGUGGGUGGAGCCAUUGCCUGGAAAUUCCCAUAACAGCUUGCCCCGAUGUUACGGAUUUGGAUGGCAUCUGCUUGGCGGCUAGCGAGUCCUUUUUGUCAGUAAAGAUGGACUACCGUAUUUACUCGAUUAUAAGGUGAGGGUGCAGUUGUGGGGCCCAAGAAAAAGAACUUAAGUAUGCACACUAGUAUAAGGCAAUGUAGAAUUGCUGGCAGACUGUUCAGACUUGGCAGGGAUUGCCCGAAAUAAUCGGUGCAGGUUAUGCGCAGUUCUGUCUUGAGGUGUGACUUCACAGUGCUUCAAAGACACGAAGGCGAAGUUCGCAUAUGACCCGCACCUCGCCUUUACUGUUAAAUUUUGUUUAAAAUAGCCGAAGGCUGAAUGUAGCAAGUUUUGAGAAUGUUUACUGAGCCACAAUAAACCAAAUACGAAAAAAUAAUUUGAAAUUCGUGAAUCACACUGACGUACCGAUGCUGGGGUUCUUAAGUUUGACCUUUUUUCUCUCCGAAUAUGUAACGUAGUGCAGUGGAAUUAACAGAAAGAAAGUAUUGAAACAGUAUUUUUAUCAGUGUCACCUACUUUCUUGUUCCUCUUUAGUAUCCCUUUAAUUAACUACCUUCAGAAUAACAGGAAAUACAGGAUUCAUUAGGACUGACAUUCUGUUGACUUGCACUUACACAACUAUGAAGUUCAACAAGUUGAGUUUGCCUCCACUUGGUUUGCAAUAUGAUCUAGUCACGGCUUGGUAGUCAAUGAUGCUGCCACAACGUUGCACCAAAUUUGCACGAGUGCACAUAUUUUAUGCACCACUUCACACUAAAACUGCUGCGGAGCUAACCCUCAGCAGUGACCUUUACUGUGCAACCAAAUGAUUUAUAUUUUGCUGGUGAGAAUUUGUGGCUUCACAACUCUGCAGUGCUUUAAGACACCAUUCGCAAUAUUUUCAGGGGUAAAUUUUUCACACAUAUAAUAACUAAAGGCACUACCUUACUAGGAUCCCGCCAGAAAGCAAGGACUGGCUGCCGUCUGAGGAAGGGUGGAACUGGGGUUUAGUCUCCCAACCACCGUCAACCCUAGACCCCAUCAAGGACAUAAUAAAGUUUUAUCUCUCUCUCAUUGAGUGUGAGAAGUGCAGCAGUUUGACCUAAUUGGUGGCAGCCUUACUGCCGAGUUUAUGCAGUCAGUGUUAUCACAGGUUUGAGGAUUUGAUUUAUUGGUUGAUUGAUUUAUUGAUUCAUUCAUUCAUUGGCUUUAACACCUCAAAGCUGCGCAAAGCUGCCAUGGUGGACGGCUCCAGAGUAAUAUUGGUCGCUUAGGGUUCUUUAACAUGUGCCUAAUUUAAGUACAGCACGAGUGUUUUUGCAUUUGGCCCCAUUGAAAUGCUGCUGGCAAGGUUGGGUUUUGAACCCACAAUCUCAUGCUCAGCAGCUAAAGUCACACAGGAUAAGGCACAAGCCAAGCAGAUUAUGACACUCGCAUACUUUCCAUUGUUCCCAUACUGAAUGAAACAUCACUUUGAGAAACCAAACAACGUAGACACCACUGCCUCUACAUUUCUCUGUAGUUGAUGUUUUAGAAACACUAUGCCAGAGCCUCCUCUAUACUACUCUUUCCAAUGCUAGUCACGUCGCCCACAUUUCAAUGGGCAGACCUCUGCUGUUGUGUUUCACGCACCUGCUGCCAGAGGUGUCAGCUUCUGACCCCCUCGCUCGUUCUCAAGGGUGGAAGGUUUCGAACACGAUGCGCCCAUUUAUUUCACUGGCUCUGUUUUCCCACGGUAAAUUGAAUGCAUAAUUCUUUCACCGCUUACAUCAUGAGAGGCAUGGUUAAAGGCUCCAGAUACAAUUACAUGCAUGAACCUGGGAAGCUGAUAUAUAGAAUCGUAUACGUACCGUACCAUUGCAGUGAACUUGGAAUCACCCACAUAAAAAACUGCAAAUGCAAGAAAUAUUCACACAGAUGCUCAAAGAACAAUGAGAGUUUAUUCGUUACUGUCUGGUGCAAAAAUACAUGCUACCAGACAAAAAAAAAUAUAAGAAUGGUGAAAAUGUUGAAAGAAAAUUGUGUGCAUGUUCAUAAUACUGAGGCUUUGUUCCCGUUAGUUUCUCGAAUUUCUUGGUCUUCGUUGUAGACAAUACAUUUGUAAAAUCUGAAGCAAGGUGAAGCAGAUGUACGCACAUAAGGUUAGCUAGUGUCUUUGUAACAUUUGAGAGUAUGAUAUGUAUUGGGAUAGUGCAGAAUAAUCUCAAAUGGCGGAAACAUUUUCACCUAUACUAUAUGCUGGAUUCCUUCCUUAGUUGAUUACUGGUAGUCUCGUUUUCUUUUUUUGGAGUCUGAAACAGUUUGAAUAAAUUUGUGUACUUUAAUUUUCUCCUUGGGCCGUCCAAGUUAAAUCUUUUAAACAGUGACCAUAAUCUCUGACCAUAUAUCUCAUUCAUUUCGUGCUUUCUAGGUUUGCGCCACUUCUUUUCAAGGAAGGCUUAUGUCGAGCUUACCUUCUUCGUUUGUGUGCUGUUGAAUGCGAAACACAGCCUAAUACAAGCAUAGCUGUAUCCCACAGCAGAUGCCUCAUUCAAGCAAAAGCUUGUCAUGUCUUGCAUGACUUCUUUUCCCCAGAGACCGAGGCGCUCCCUGGCAGGUCCCAGGCAACUUGAUCAGGCAUGCUUUCACUGCUGUUUGGGACUAACAUGGCCCGUAGACGAAGCCAAAUUCUGAUGUGCAUUUGAAUCGUUAGAACUAACAUGCGCCAUAACAUACAUUUGUGCUCUUGUUUCAAUCCUCAUCGCUUUAUGGUUCAGCACAUACCACUUCAAGCUGACGCGACAGCUGUGCACUUGACCUUGACGAGCCAUGAGUUCCUACUUUUUUUUCUUAAUACUCCUUGAGCUAAAGGCGACAAAGUAGUUGCAAGUUGAAUUGUUGAGCUUGGCUGUCUGUUCUUUCUUGCAAUAACAUUUAAACGUUAUCUGAGUGCAGUAUCCAUGAAAAUCUUGUUACAAUGAAACGUCAGGCUGUAUAGUAUAUACUUUCGCUGGCUGGAUGGAAGGCACAUAACAGCAGCACAAUUUCGCUUCCAAAGCCUUCAAACAGCUACUAGUCACUGCGCAUGACUUGCAGUUGACUACAUUGUCCAAGUGGAAGACAACCUGGCCCGUUGUAGGGACGGUCGUUUCACUCAGUGCUGCCUGCGGGUCGUCUGCUGAUGGGUCAGAAGGCAUCGCCAAAUGCGGAGGACACACCCGAAACCGAAGUGGGCGCAGCAGGUGGCUCCAACCUGUAGAGGAGGCUCUGGCUGCAUGUGCUAGCAAGAGAACACCUGGACUGAUGAUGUCUCAGACUCUUUCUUAUUACUACACUCUUCAAGGAUACCAAUGUGGGUGGUGUUCCAGUAGAGUGGACUUGUUAUAUGAUGUAUGGCUAUGUACAAUAUGUGUGCUUCAUUCCCAAGUUGCAAGAAAGGUUAUUUUUUGAAGAUGAAGCGAUGUGGUGUGAUACUGAACUUCCGACAACAAGGUUCUAGUCAAUAGAAAAAUGAAUUCCACUUAUCUCCAAAUUAAUUGUUUUCCCUGUUUCUCACUGACUUGAGAUGUCUGUUGCUUAUUUGUUGCCAGCAAAGGCAGUUGUAGAAACUAAGUUGGCAGACAAGGUCCAACUGUUCAGGAAACUGUGCUGGUUAGAAUUCUGGCUGAGACCCUUUAGUGCCUGGAGACCCACAGCACCUUGUAGUGAACAAGCUGUGGCGCUUGCUAAGGAGUUACGUUUCAAUGCUGCGUGUGUGCAAUUGACUGUCCUUUCUUAUUCACUCAUGCACUGUCUUUUGCAGUGUUCAAUAUGCAGCCGAAGUUUCUGUUGUGUGUACUUGGACACUGUGAUGGCCAACAGUGUUGACUGUGUAGUUGAUUAAUAAUAGGCUUAGUGACAGCAGGUUGUGUUCUUCACGUUCACCUCUAAGUCAUUGCUUGAAGUGGUAGUUGUAAGCACAGUCAAUUCCACAAAUCACUCUAUUUCUCCAACCUGCACUUGCUGCAGACAUGCAAAUACAAGCCACUGUGCAUAGUUGAUGACAGUUAGUACUAUUGUGAAACAUCUUGUUUGUGCUACACGGAUGGCCUGUAAACGACAGACCCUGUUACAUGAAGCCAACAGAUUAUGGAGCCAAAAAAUGCCAUAAGGGAAAUGUACCAGUUCUUUAAUUAAACUGAAAAUUAAAUAAGACAAAAUGGUUAGAUUUAUGAUGGAGGUUUCCAAUCUCCACUGUACUAACCUGCAGGAUGUUUGCGUUGAGGUAGCCUGCAUCGAGAUGAGAACAGUGCACCAUGUGGAAUCUCCUCAGUAAAAUUGCAGCAGCGUUGCGAUACACGCCUCAGGCACUGCAUCUUCAUUUGCCCGUGCCAAUACACAGCCCAAUAAUCACAACUUCUAAAGGACAUUAUCGUGAUGAAACUGUGUUGCAUGUAUGUUGAGAGAUUUCCUAUUACAUUUGUGGUGCAAAAUUGGUUAAUAUGGGGGAAGUGCAUCACAAAUAAAAUGAAGUGCUGAAGGAAAGAUCAUGCAUGCUUGGUUGCAGUAGUACCAGAAAGCUGAUCAUGCAGCAGGUUCUCUCCUUGUGUUUGUUUUGACGAUAAAUGUUUCCGUCAGACAAAUUUCCAGAAGGCCUAUUUUCUUUCUUUUUUUUUUUUCAAUACACUGCGUGCUAGACAUUAAAUUUUGUUCCCGUGAAAGAAAUACCCUGUGUCACCAGGCUCAUGUACUGUGGCCUUGUCAUAUGUUCAGAGACCAAACAGCUAGAAAUUGUCUAGUCAAUGACGAUUGAUUCAGUUAGAGUAGGACCGAAGGCACGGGCCACCAAAGAUACAAGUCACCAAUAGCGCUUGAUAUAUUUUAUUUAGUCGUAAGGCCUGCACUUUGCCAAAUAUUUUACAGGCUGUGGGCCUUGCCUGACACAGGCUUAUGGCUACUCAUUGAAGCAUGCCAGACGGUUGACAUAUUUAUAUAGUAUGCAAUCAGCUGGAGCUUCAAGGUUGCAGCAUGUGCCGUGAGGCGUUUUCCUAUCAGCAGUGGAAUGCGCCCAAGUGCGCAGUGCAGCUGCACAACAAGCAGCAGCACAGCUAAUGCCAUUGAAACAUACUGGAUGUAAGCCGCAUUUAUCCGUCGAUAUGGUGGUGAUGAUGAUACAAUCAUUGACAGGACAGUAACUAGUGCCACCUAGUAGUGGCUUGUUCAAAAUUAACCAGCAUGCAGGUAUGCACUAGACACUUAGGGAAACGUUUUCCUAAAUAUUCGCGCUCCAAAGCAGGGUUGCGGGCCUUUACACAAGGGUGAGCCAUACAUGAUUAAAUAUGGUAAAAUGUCACGCGUGUGGCGUGUAAAACAUUGUGAACACAGCUCUGAUGCGAUCAGUCUAAUUUACAUACAGUGUCUUUCACACUACAAAGGUGGAUAGGUAAAAGGGAUUCUGCAGAGUGUAUGGCCAGUGAAGAUAAUGUAUACAUACUCAGAAUAAAGCAUAUGCGGUUAACUGGAUGAGUUUGGCAGUAUUAAUUUUAAAUGAUGGUGUGAAGCAAAAAAAAAAAAGGUUUGCAUUGUUUCCUCCAUUUGCUUCAUUUAUUGUUUGUGCUACCUACAAAAUGUGGUUAAGUAAUCUCAUUGUCUGAUGCUGCAUGUCUCGCCUGCUAAAUAUCAAGUUAAGCGAGCUUGACAUCUUACACUUCGCUGAAAUGCUGAGCAUCACCAUCAUGCAAACAUGCUUCUAAUUGAUGAGCAACUAGUCACCAGGAAAAGGUUCGUCAUAGUGUUUAUACACUGCCGUAAGGUCUGUUGAACUGUCCUUGUAGCAAUAUAUUAGAAUCUUGAGAGAACUAAUUCACAAGGAUUGUGGUUUGGGCAAGUUUGUAUUCCAUGGCGUGCCGCCUUGUCUCCCUUUUUUUCCUAGUCUGUCUUAUUUUCUUCAUUCUUUCUUAGUAGUGCUGAUUCAAGAAAACGACUCCUUGUAUUGUCAUAUUGGCAGUGAAAUUGCUUACACUUCAUUAGGCUUUGUCAAAAAUUAGUUUUUAAACAACACUCGGAAGUUGUACUGUUUGACACUAGAUUGUUGCGUCUGCAUAGCUCAUGUGACUCACUCGAUAUUUAACUGUUGCUAUGUCAGUACUACGUGUUUGUGAUAUUAAAGCCUGUGUGAAAGUA